GCGGCUGUGAGGUCGUAUAACGGUGGGCGGAUCUGAAUGUAAGUACCCAGUAAGAUUUUCACAUUAAACUGCUGUAAUUGUACCGUAACUUUUGUGACAGUGUACAGAAUAGACAGUUUAGCUUCAUUUUAAUUCGUAACUGUUCAUGAACUUAUCGCUCACUGUUUUUUCAAGUUUGGUCGCGGUCGCAUUAAAAGUCCUGUGGGACCGGGGCCAUCCCGCAGAACUGAGAUCGUCCCACAGGUUCUAGAUCUCGUAAAAAAGAUUUUUCUGGGUCUCGAUCCCGUAAAAAAGUCCCGCGGGACCGGGACCGUUCCGCAGACUUCUACUACCAUCUUCAUUCUAGUUUUUUGUUUUUGAUUCCAAAUACAAUCAAUCAGAACAGUUGGUCCAUGCAGGUUUCAAUCAAUAAUCGAUCAAGAAAAUUCCAUAUGGUGCUCUACUAUUAGAAUGCAAUGCAUCUAGAACAUUGAAUUUAUGCAGAACUUUUGAUCGACAUUUCUGAAAAAACAAUUAUCUCAUAAAAGCACACACAUAUAUCAAUUUUAUCUUAAAACAGAAGCAAUAAAAAAAAUUUUAUACGAUAAGCUGUUAGUUCAAGCAGUACACUUCUUGUUUCUGUUGAUGACCGUUCUUAUGGAAACUAAUCAUUUAAUUCGAAAAUAAAAGUAAAAAGUUUUUUUAGUAUCUUCUAUGAUAUGAGAACACAAUAGAAGUCAAGUCACUACUUCUUCUUUCCUUCUAUUUCCAGAACAGUAGAUGAAAAAAAUUUCAAAAGAAAGAACUGCUGAUAAUGAUAUGCGUAGACUCUAUGUAGUUUUUAUAGAAGAAUUAUUUUUAUCUCAUAUGUUCUCUUUCUUCUAUAAGAAAAAAAAGUAUGAAAAUUAUAGUCUAUACUGUCAAGUACAACCAUUCAUAUUCAUUUUUUUACAAAAUAGAAAAGCGUUAAAGCAGCUUAUUAUACUUCUUAUACUUAUAACUAUAAACAGCCGUUUAGAAUUUAACCCAAAAAGAACAUAAUCAUGUCCGAUAAAAAUGAUCAACAAAAUGACAAACAAAAUGAACAACAACAAGAUGCUCAACACCCUGGUAUGAAUCCAGAUCCAGCUGAACGAGGGAAAGAACUUGGAAGAGCAAACGCACAAGGAGGAGAGUCUGUGGGAACCGGAGGACACGGAUAUAGCGGAAGUGGCGGUAACCAACCAGUUGGAGGAAAACAUGCCGGUAAUACUUCAGGUUUAACUGAGGAACAACUUCAUCCAGGUAUGAAUCCAGAUCCGGCGGAACGAGGCCGUGAACUAGGCCAUCAGAAUGCCCAUGGCGGACAUAGUGUUGGGACUGGAGGACACGGUACCACUGGCGCCAAUUUAAAAUCGAAAUAA